CCGCCUUCCGCCGGAAGUGAGCGCGGCGGGGCGGGCGGGCGUUCGCUCCCCGGCCGUUCCCCGGUGUGUUGUCACGGCUCGCCGCUGGGUGACCGCCGGGGCCGGGCCAGGCGCGCAGCUGGGACAGCGGCGGGGCGCGAAGCAGUGCGGUGCCGACCAUGGCGCCGCCGCCGCCGCAGAAGGAGAUCGUCUACAACAAGCUGCUGCCCUACGGGGAGCGCCUGGAGGCCGAGGCCGCCCGCUUCCUCGCUCAGAUCAAAGACAACCUGGCCCGGGCCGUGCAGCUCCAGGAGCUCUGGCCCGGGGGGCUCUUCUGGACCAGGAAGCUCUCGACAUACAUCCGAUUAUAUGGGAGAAAAUUUAGCAGAGAAGAUCACGUGCUUUUUAUCAAAUUGUUGUAUGAGUUGGUAACAAUUCCAAAACUGGAGAUCAGCAUGAUGCAAGGAUUUGCACGCCUGUUGAUAAACCUGUUAAAGAAAAAAGAACUGCUUUCCAGGGAUGAUUUAGAGUUACCAUGGAGACCACUUUAUGAAAUGUUGGAAAGGAUAUUAUACUCCAAAACAGAACAUCUUGGAUUAAAUUGGUUUCCCAAUUCAUAUCGACCAGGCUUGUCUUCACCUAAAACAUUUGUGCUUAAUGUAUUACAUAGGUGUUCUGUAGAAAGUGUUUUGAAAACACUUGUGAAGAGCUGCAGACCAUAUUUUCCGGAAGAUGCCACUGCGGAGAUGCUAAAUGAAUGGAGGCCUUUAAUGUGUCCGUUUGAUGUUACCAUGCAAAAGGCUAUUACCUACUUUGAACUAUUUCUACCUACUACCCUUCCCCCUGAACUUCACCAGAAAGGCUUCAAGCUUUGGUUUGAUGAAUUUAUAGGCCUUUGGGUGUCAGUUCAAAAUCUUCCCCAAUGGGAAGGGCAUCUUGUAAAUCUUUUUGCUCGCUUGGCUACUGACAACAUUGGGUACAUAGACUGGGAUCCAUAUGUACCAAAGAUUUUUACCAGAGUUUUGAGGAGUUUAAAUCUUCCGGUGGGAAGCAAUCAAGUUGUUGUUCCAAGAUUCUUAACAAAUGCUUACGAUGUAGGACAUGCGGUAACGUGGAUCACAGCCAUGAUGGGUGGACCAAGUAAACUAGUGCAGAAGCACUUGUCCGGAUUGUUCAAUAGUAUUGCCUCUUUUUACCAUCCUUCAAAUAAUGGGCGCUGGCUGAACAAACUGAUGAAACUACUUCAGAGGUUACCCAGUGGUGUUGUCAGAAGGCUGCAUCGUGAGCGCUACAAGAAAAUGACUUGGUUAACUCCUGUGCCUGAUAGUCAUAAACUUACUGAUCAGGAUGUUACAGACUUUGUAGAAUGCAUUAUUCAACCUGUGCUUCUGGCUAUGUUCAGUAAAACUGGAAGCCUGGAGGCUGCCCAAGCCCUGCAGAACCUUGCACUGAUGCGUCCUGAAUUAGUAAUUCCACCUGUACUUGAGAAAACAUAUCCUGCGCUGGAGACAUUGACAGAACCUCAUCAGCUCACAGCUACGUUAAGCUGUGUAAUUGGAGUAGCUCGUAGCCUGGUGUCUGGGGGGAAGUGGUUUCCGGAAGGUCCAACACACAUGCUACCUCUACUGAUGAGAGCAUUGCCUGGGGUGGAUCCAAAUGACUUCAGCAAGUGUAUGAUUACGUUCCAGUUCAUUGCAACGUUUUCAACUUUGGUGCCUUUAGUAGAUUGUUCAUCUGUAUUGCAAGAAAGAGAUGAUCUUUCAGAGGUGGAAAGAGAAUUGUGCUCUGCAACUGCUGAAUUCGAGGAUUUUGUGCUGCAGUUUAUGGAUAGGUGUUUUGGACUUAUAGAGAGCAGCACACUAGAACAAACAAGAGAGGAGACUGAAACUGAGAAAAUGACUCAUCUAGAGAGUCUAGUGGAAUUAGGUCUCUCUUCUACUUUCAGUACAAUCCUUACCCAGUGUUCAAAGGACAUCUUUAAGGUUGCCUUGGAGAAGGUUUUUAACUUUGCUGUUUCAAAUAUAUUUGAGACGAGAGUUGCUGGUCGAAUGGUUGCUGAUAUGUGCCGAGCUGCAGUAAAAUGUCGCCCUGAGGAAUCCUUGAAGUUGUUUGUACCACAUUGCUGCAAUGUUAUAACUCACCUCACAGUCAAUGAUGAUGUAUUACAUGAUGAAGAACUAGAUAAGGAGCUACUUUGGAAUCUUCAGCUUUUGUCAGAGAUCACUCGAGUGGAUGGAAAGAAGUUGCUACCAUACAGGGAGCAGCUUGGGAAGAUUCUGCAGCGAACCCUACAUUUAACCUGUAAGCAGGGUUACAUUCUGUCUUGUAACCUACUGCACCAUCUUCUUCGUUCUGCUACACUUAUCUACCCCACAGAGUACUGCAGUGUGCCAGGUGGCUUUGACAAGCCUCUUUCUGAAUACUUUCCUAUCAAGGACUGGGGUAAACCAGGUGACCUGUGGAACUUGGACAUCCAGUGGCAUGUUCCUUCAUCUGAGGAGAUAAACUUUGCUUUUUAUUUGCUGGAUACUUUUCUUCAGCCUGAGCUCACCAGAUUAGAGCACUAUGCAAUUGGAAAACUAGAAAUGUCCAGAGAUGAUGUGCAGCAGUGUCUUGCUAUAGUGCAUAACUGCUUGAUUGGUUCUGGGAACAUUCUGCCUCCUCUGAAAGGAGAAAGAGUGGCUCAUCUGGUCCCAAGUCUGGUGUCUUUGGAAGAGACAAAACUCUACACUGGUGUUGAAUAUGAUUUAUCAAGAGAGAAUUACCGAGAAACAAUUGCAAGGGUUACAAGGAAAUUGUUGCGGUAUAUACUUGAUAAUUCAGAAGAUGAUACCAAGUCUUUAUUUCUAAUAAUAAAGAUUAUUAGCGAUGUUUUACAGUUCCAAGGGUCUCACAAGCAUGAGUUUGAUUCACGAUGGAAAAGCUUUAACCUGGUGAAAAAAUCAAUGGAGAACAGGCUUCAAGGAAAGAAACAGCACAUCAGAGCUUUGCUGAUAGACAGAGUUAUGUUGCAGCAUGAGCUGAGAACACUAACGAUGGAAGGCUGUGAAUAUAAAACUUCCCACCAGGAGAUGAUCAGAGAUCUUUUGUGUUUGUCCACAAGUUCAUAUGGUCAGGUCAGAAGCAAAGCUCAGCAAGCAUUCUUCACAGCUCUGGGAACGUACAAUUUUUGUUGCAGAGAUAUCAUUCCCUUGGUUUUGGAGUUCUUGCGUCCAGACCGGCAAGAUGUCACUCAAAAGCAAUUUAAAGGUGCCUUAUAUUGUCUUCUUGGAAAUCACAGUGGAGUAUGUUUGGCAAAUCUUCACGAUUGGGAUUGUAUUGCACAGACAUGGCCAGCAAUUGUUUCUUCUGGGCUUAGCAAAGCGAUGUCCUUGGAAAAACCAUCCAUAGUUAGACUCUUUGAUGACCUUGCAGAAAAAAUCCAUAGGCAGUAUGAAACAAUUGGAUUGGAUUUUGCAGUUCCAGAGAAAUGCAUUGAGAUAGCUGUUAUACUGCAAAAAUCAGACCAUUCAAGUUCAAACUUCACAGGUCUUCGUUCAGAAGAAAUUCAGUUAGGAAUUCAGCGACAGAAAGAAAAGAAUGCUGAGGCUCUGCGAAACUAUGAAAAUUUGGUCAACAUGCUGCUCGACUGUGUGGAACAAAGAAAUCUUCCCUGGAAGUUUGAGCACAUAAGCAUUGGUUUUCUGUCCCUGCUCCUGAGGGAUGAUAGGAUACUGCCUGUCCGUGCCAUAAAAUUUUUUGUGCAGUGUCUCAACCACGAUGCAAUUGUUGUUCGCAAGGUGGCCAUCUCAGCUGUGGCUGGUAUUCUUAAGCAGCUUAAGAGAACACACAAGAAAGUGCCCAUCUGCCCUUAUGAAAUAAGUGGAAGCCCUAAGCCUUCCAGCAUUCAGGCUGGUGACAGACCGGACAACCAGUGGCUGCACUAUGACAGUCAGAGUUUACCAAAGACUAAGGAAGCUUGGGAGUCGUGUUGUUUUGUGGAGAAAACACACUGGGGGUAUUAUACCUGGCCUCAAACUAUGACAGUUUAUGCUCCAGUUGAGCAACAACCAAAGCUUGGGCGAAGGAGAGAUGAGCUGACAGAGGCAGAACAAAUUAUAUAUGAUCACUUUUCUGAUCCCAAGUUUGUUGAGCAGUUAAUAAAAUUCUUGUCUCUAGAAGACAGAAAAGGAAAAGACAAAUUUAAUCCUCGCAGAUUUUGCCUCUUCAAGGGCCUUUUCAGAAACUUUGAUGAUGCCUUCUUGCCAGUUCUUCAGCCCCAUUUAGAACAACUUGUGGCAGAUUCCCAUGAAAGCACCCAGAGAUGUGUAGCUGAAAUUAUAGCUGGCUUAAUCAGAGGUUCUAAACACUGGACGUUUGAGAAGGUGGAAAAACUUUGGAAGCUUCUCUGUCCAUUGCUUCGAACAGCUUUAUCCAACAUUACGGUGGAAACGUAUAAUGAUUGGGGCACGUGCAUUGCAACCUCCUGUGAGAGCAGAGAUCCUAGGAAACUGCACUGGUUAUUUGAAUUGCUGUUGGAAUCUCCAUUGAGUGGUGAAGGAGGAUCAUUUGUAGAUGCAUGCCGACUUUACGUACUGCAAGGUGGCCUUGCACAGCAAGAAUGGAGAGUACCGGAGCUGUUGCACAGACUGCUGAAGUACUUGGAACCCAAACUCACGCAGGUUUACAAAAAUGUCCAAGAGAGAAUAGGAAGUGUUUUGACUUACAUAUUCAUGAUAGAUGUUUCCUUGCCAAAUACUGCUGCAACUAAAUCUCCUCGUGUCCAUGAAUUUACAACCCGGAUACUUGAAAAUCUUAAACCCCUCAUGGAAGCGGAUGAAGAAAUUCAGAAUCAUGUUAUGGAAGAGAAUGGAGUUGGUGAACAAGAUGAGCGAACUCAGGGCAUUAAACUCUUGAAAACUAUCCUGAAAUGGUUGAUGGCAAGUGCAGGACGGUCCUUCUCUACAGCUGUCACAGAGCAACUCCAGCUUUUACCCUUAUUUUUCAAGAUUGCACCGGUAGAAAAUGACAAUAGCUAUGAUGAGCUCAAAAGAGAUGCUAAGAUGUGUUUGUCGUUAAUGUCUCAGGGUUUGCUGUAUCCUCAGCAAGUGCCUUUGGUACUUCAGGUGCUAAAACAAACAGCAAGAAGCAAUUCUUGGCAUGCUAGGUAUACCAUAUUAACCUACCUCCAGACCAUGGUGUUCUACAAUCUCUUCAUCUUUCUCAACAAUGAAGAAGCAGUCAAUGACAUUAGAUGGUUGGUUAUAAAACUCCUGGAAGAUGAACAGCUUGAGGUGAGAGAAAUGGCUGCCACCACACUAAGUGGCCUGCUCCAGUGCAAUUUUCUCACUAUGGAUGGUCCCAUGCAGACCCAUUUUGAACAGCUGUGCAAGAUGAGGUUACCGAAAAAACGAAAGCGAGACCUGGGCUCAGUGGUGGAUACAAUUCCUUCCGGUGACUUGGUUAAACGCCAUGCUGGUGUGCUGGGACUGAGCGCGUGUAUUUUGUCAAGUCCGUAUGAUGUACCCACCUGGAUGCCACAGCUCUUGAUGGAUCUCAGUGCCCAUCUUAACGAUCCUCAGCCGAUUGAGAUGACUGUGAAAAAAACGCUGUCAAAUUUCCGGAGGACCCAUCAUGACAACUGGCAGGAGCAUAAACAGCAGUUCACGGAUGACCAGCUACUAGUGCUUACUGACCUCUUGGUUUCACCCUGCUAUUAUGCAUAGAUAGGUUUUUCUUGGAAAAAAGAAGGUGUAGGAACCUUUCUGCAAAAUAAAGGAAACUCAGAGAAAUUUAUCAUGUAGAAAACUCUUGUGUUGGGAAUCCUGAUGCCUGAUCCAAACCACUUUUAAAUACAAACAUAAAGACCUGGUUCUAUUCAAAAAGAAAUUUACCUCCCCAGGGAGGAGCUGUGGGAGCCCCACGGUCUCCUUGUAACCACGCUUGCAGAGCCUGAUCGUGAGUUUAUUGCAAGACCCUUGUCGUUGGCCUGCGUUACACAUCAGUCUUGUUUCUGCUUUCUGGCACACAGUGACUUACACCGCGCAUUUCUUACCCUCUUUUUCUGACCCUUCUUCCCAGUUGUUUCUGACAUCAAAGAUAUGCAGAGCCAGAGAGUGCUGCAAACCAGAAUAUUCUCAGCGAAACUCUCCGCUUCUGUUGAUGCAACUUCUUACCUAGUCAGCAUACAAUACCGGGAACCUGUCUUUCUCAGAGUUUAUUUUUCACUACUUGGAUUUGAGUGCCCAUCAGGUGACGGGCUCUGUAUCAUUCAGUCCACCUCAGGGCAGGAUUGCCUUUUUGUAUUUUCCUUGUCGAAAUGUAAAUAGCUGAUCUUCUCUGUGCAGUAUAGGCGAUGGCAGGACAAAACGUGGGGAGUAAAAGCUCUUACUGCCUGGCCAGGUCUUCAGAGAUGGCUUGACCACGUGUGGAAUAAAAAUCUAUGAUUAUAUGCAUAUUUUUAAGGGUGAAUGACUAUGGGUGUUUCCACGUAAUUACAGCCCACAGAUAUGAAAUUAUGGACUAUCAAGUGGUGGUUGAAUUCACAGAAGGAAAUGUGUGCACAGUGUGACAAGGCACUGAAUGGCUGGCUUUUUAACAGCGUGUUCUCAUAAAGAUUGUCACUGUUUGAGCAAGCAUAUCUUGUUCGAAGAUUGUGGAAGCUCUGUAUCUUUUUUGCCUGCAGCUUUGUUCAGAGACUGGUAUCUAUUGGCUAUUUAACAACAUGUUUAAUAUGUGUUACAUAGUUGUAAAAGACUGUAUAAAUUGUAGAGGCAUUGCAUUGACAAAACAUUGUACAGUUUGCAACCUUUUACAUAACACCAUUGUGACAUUAAUUUGUAAAGAUUCAUACUUAGAUGUUAAUACUGUAGUAGUUCUGGCUUUUGUAUCAAAUCAAAUGCCAUUGUUAGUUUUUUAAAUUAUUUUCUUUAAUGGAAUAUCUCUUCGUGUCUGAAAGGCGGAGGUUUUGUUUUGGUUUUCUUGUGUCUCGUUAUUCCUGUGUCUCAUUCAGAUUUUAAUGCAACACGCGUGGCCAUCUCUAAAUGCUGACAUCACAUAUUCCGGUGUGAUAAGCUCACAGAACGUGAGGUACACUGAAAUAAUUCAUAAACUGGUGUGUGUUUUAACUUUCAUGCAACCCUACAGGAGCGCUGAUACAUUUCGAGUGAUCUACCUGCUGAGUGUGUGACUCAUUCCAAACUUCAAAGCACAGCGGUGUUCCUGGUGCAGUAUUUAAUGAGUGUCAGCACACGGAUGUAACCACUGUAUAGCGUAGUGCCAAAAUUAUUAUUUCAAUUGUGUACGUAGUUUAAGACCCAAUAAAUGGAUUGUUUGUAACAUCUG